AUGAGUGGUUAUAGUGAUAGCGAUAAGGAGUGGUGGAUAUCCAACCUAACAAAUGCUGUGAAGAAUCUGUUAGUGCUUAGAAUUUAUCAGCUGGCAGCAAUUUUGAUCACCAACUGCAGGCUAAGAUGCCUUUACGUACUGAUAAGACUAUUUUUAAUUGGAAAAAAGAUGCACUGCAACCUGCUGAGAAGCAGUCUUGCGAAGAAAAUAUCCAUUCUCAGAAUUGCAUCAGGUCUAACAAUAUGCAAAGACAAUUACAGUCCAAUGAAGUUUUUGCAGAACGAAGUUUUACAGGCCACUGAAGUCCAGUUUGUAGCAAAUGAAGUUAUUGCAACCGUUCUUGAGCAGUCUAAAGGAAAUCUCAACAUUUCUUUGUUUGACUCUUCAAUACAUGAGCAAGUUCUUCUUCAAAACUGCAAUGUCUCCAUUAAGCCUUGCAAUCCAAUACAUUGCAAAAUUCAGAGUUGGCUGCAAGAAGCAUUUGACAAGGUAUCUAGCUCUGUGAAAACUUUAGAACCUGCUUUUCAGGAUGAGGCUGAAACAGCAGCUAUCAAAAUUGCUAAAUUUACCCUCUCCAGCACCAGCUCUGUGACCCUUCCAUUUUUGCAUUGUGACUCCUCGCCAGUAGCAUGCAUCAGCCGCAUUUUUGUCCUUCUAAUCUUUUGCUUGUGUUUUUUCUUGGAGCUAUUAGAACUGAUUGUUGCUUAUUGUAAGCCUCAGCCGAAUGAAAAAGAACUUCCAGUUGGGUGCAACUUACAGCAAAAUAAUGAGCACAAUAACCAACAGAGUAUUGCUAUUAAACAGCUUCUACAACAGGGUGGAGACAAAGAAACUAAUCUGCAGCAAUCCGUAGCUGUAACCGAUGCUAAAUCAAGAGGUUCGCCCAUUUAUAAAUGCAGAAGAAUCAAUAAACUAAAUGUGUCAGAUGAUCCUCCUAUAUGUGAUAGCUGCUCUAAUUUCUUGCAUGAAAUAGUUGAUGAUCUUGCAGGUAUAUCAAUGACAGUUGGCAGUCAGUCAGUGGAAACCAAUGUUUCUAAUGCCAUAAAAAAUCAUCCAAAAGGCAAAAGCUCAAGCCAAAGGAGAUCAGUAUCUAAAAAUGCAGCUGGUGUAGAGGCUCUGAAUUUCAUUAGCCAUAAUGCAGACCAUCUCCCUGAUGCAUCAGAUUGUAAAUAUUGUGGAGCCAAAAAAUUCUACUCAGAGACAGCAAACUUUUGCUGUUCUGAUGGCGAAGUUCUACUCCAUGAAAAUAAGUUACCUGAUAUAUUAAUUGAACUUUUUACUGGACAGAGUGAAGAAGCUAUACAUUUCCGAACCUAUGUUAGGACCUAUAAUAGCAUGUUUGCAUUUACUUCCUUUGGUGUUCACUAUGACAAAUCCCUUUGCAAGAGAACUAACGGAAUCUAUACAUUCAAGAUACAAGGUCAAACACACCAUUUCAUCAAUGAACUAAUACCGCAUGGAGGAUCAGGGAUGUAUCUUCAGCUUUAUUUCCAUGACACAGAACAUGGAAUUCAGAAUCGAUUAGCAAUAUCAGAAAGGCUGACCGAAAGAAUUGUAGUGAAGCUAAUGGAAGUAAUGAAAGACAAUCCAUAUGCUUGCUUCUUCAGGAGUUUGAGAAAUGUUCCAAACCUGGACUCAUAUCAAAUAGUAUUAAAAUCUCACUCCGACAACGACCAGCGAGUGUUUAAUAAACCCACUGUAUCUCAAGUUGCAGCUUUAUGGGUUGAAGGAGACAAUGCUAAUCAAGGUUAUUCUAGACACAUACAGAUAUAUACAAAAGAAGGACACAGUCACCGCAUUCAAUACUACUACGGCUGUUAUGACCCUCUUCAGUAUCCACUACUUUUUCCAUUUGGAGAAACUGGAUGGCAUCCAGGUAUACAAAGAUCAGGAAGAGGCAAUCCAAAAAAGCGCAAAAGAAAGACUACGAAACAGUCAUGUACAGCUACAUUGUCUAGCUUUAAGUCACCAGAAGAAAUGAUUGAUCUUGAAGAAGAAGCUUACAAGGCAUAUGAAAACUCCAAGGAAUAUGUAUCCAUGAGAGAGUAUUAUGCAUAUAAAUUUCAGAUGAGGAAAAAAAUUGGGCCAAAUAUUUUGAAUGCUGGAAGAGCUUUGCAACAAUAUUCAGUUGACAUGUAUGUUAAAAUAGAGACACAAAGACUAGAUUUUUAUCGAAGUCGACAACAGCAAAUACGUCGAGAGCAGCUACAAGGAAUUAUGGACAGCGUAAUACAGGGGCAACAAAAUGGAUUUCAAAUCGGACAGCGAGUAAUAUUGCCUACAUCAUUCAUUGGAGGUCCUAGAGAUAUGAAAAAAAGGUAUCUUGAUGCUAUGGCUUUAGUUCAGAAAUUUGGGAAGCCAGAUCUUUUUAUAACCAUGACUUGCAAUCAAUCAUGGCCAGAGAUUAAAGAAAAUCUGUUACAAUCAGAUGAAGCACAAAAUAGGCCUGAUCUUAUUGCUCGUGUGUUUCAUGCAAAGUUAGAAAUUAUGAAAGAAGAGCUGUUCAAGAAGCAAAUAUUUGGAGAAGUAGCAGCAUAUACUUAUGUUAUAGAAUUUCAAAAACGCGGUUUGCCUCAUGCGCACUUUUUGAUUAUCCUGAAGCCUACUUUCAAAUUAUAUACAACAGAAGAUUAUGAUCGUAUAGUUUCUGCAGAAAUACCCGACGAAGCACAAAAUGAGCAUCUGUUUAGAAUGGUCAAGAAACAUAUGAUGCAUGGACCAUGUGGCGAGAAAAAACCUGAUAAUGUAUGUAUGCAGGGUGCAUCAAAGAAGUCUUGCAAGAACAAUUACCCAAAAGCAUGGGCAGAAAAAACUACACAUUCUCAGAAUUCGUAUCCAACAUACAGAAGAAGAAAUGAUGGGAAAAAAAUAUUGGUUCGGGGACACUACUUAGACAACAGAUGGGUAGUGCCAUACAAUGCUUAUCUGUUGGCUAAAUUCAAUUGCCAUAUAAAUGUAGAAAUUUGCUCCACAAUUAAAGCUGUCAAGUAUGUGUAUAAGUAUAUAUACAAAGGCCAUGCAAGGAUACAUUUUCAAGUGAAUUCAGAUGAUGGAGCAAAUCCUAUUGAUGAAAUCAAAGAAUAUCAGUCAGCACGGUGGGUAUGUGCACCUGAAGCAAUGUGGAGAAUAUACAGAUUUCAUCUUUAUGAAAUGCAGCCUGCUGUAAUACAACUUCAGCUUCACCUAGAAAACUUUCAAUCUAUGCUGUUUCGACCAAAUGAUAAUCUUGACAAUAUAUUAAGUAACAAUUUUGCAAAAAGAACUAUGCUCACCGAAUUUUUUCGAAUGAAUGCUACAGAUGAUUUUGCAAAAAGUCUCAAAUGUACCUACAAAGAGUUUCCUGAGCAUUUUGUGUGGUAUCCAAGUUCCAAAUCUUGGCAACCUAGAAAACAAAAAGAUUCUAUCGGCAGAGUUGUUGCAGCAAAUCCCCUAGAAGGUGAACGGUACUUCCUAAGACUCCUUUUACUGCAUGUUAAAAGUCCAACUUCUUAUGAUGAUUUAAAAACUGUAAAUGGAGUACAUGUUACUACAUUUCGCGAAGCAGCUGCACUUAGAGGAUAUUUAGAAUCAAAUAACUCACAAGAACAAUGUCUAGAAGAAGCUGCCCUUUAUCAUAUGCCAUAUAGCCUAAGAAGGUUGUUCGCAACAUUGUUGGUAUAUUUUACCCCCUCAAAUCCAAGAACCCUAUGGCUGAAAUUUGAAGAAUCAUUGUCUGAAGAUUACAAUAGAGUCCCAAAUUUAACCAAAAAUGAUAUUCAAUUUAAAGUUCUGCAUCAAAUAAGCAAUUUUUUAGAGUCUAUGGGUCUUAACAUAAACAGCUAUGGACUGGUGCCAAGAGUACUAAAAUUCCAUGACUCAAAUACAGAUGCAAGAGAUACAAUUAGUGAAACAGAGAUUAAAGUUUCAGAGGAUGACUUGAUAUCAAUUACUAAACUCAAUCCUGGUCAAAAAGCAGCUUUUGAUACUAUAAUGCAGGCAUUAUACAUUAAAGAAAAAGGAUGUUUCUUUAUAGAUGGACCAGGUGGCACAGGAAAAACAUUUCUUUAUCGAGCGUUAUUAGCUGAAGUACGAUCAAAAGGCUUUAUAGCAUUAGCUACUGCUUCUUGUGGAGUUGCAGCAUCAAUAUUACCGGGAGGUAGAACAGCGCACUCUCGAUUCAAGAUUCCAAUUGAUAUGAAUUCAGUCAAUAUGUGUAAAAUUAGUAAACAAAGUGCACUUGCUAAACUAAUUCAAGCGGCUAAACUUAUUAUUUGGGAUGAAGCUCCAAUGGCACACAAAACUGGUAUAGAAGGUGUGGAUGCACUACUAAAAGAUUUAAUGGGUUCUCCUGAGUUAUUUGGCUCAAAAGUUAUGAUUUUUGGUGGUGACUUUAGACAAGUUCUCCCUGUUGUCACUAAAGGUUCAAAGGAAGAUUUUGUACAAGCUAGCUUAGUAACUUCAUACAUUUGGCCACAGCUUCACAAACUAUACCUCACAGAUAAUAUGAGAGCAAUAUCAGACCCAGAAUUUACAGAUUACCUUCUCCGAAUAGGAAAUGGACUAGAACCAGCAAUACAAGGGUUAAAAGUAAAAAUUCCUCUCCCACUGCUAAUACCAUACAAAAGUGAAACAGAAUCAAUUUUUGAACUUAUCAAAACAGUUUACCCAGAUUUAAGUGCUUUUUCCAAGGAUGAUUUUUCAUUGGUAAAUCGAGCAAUCCUUACUACAAAAAAUGAAUUUGUUGAUGUGUUAAACAACUUGUUAAUUAACAUUUUUCCAGGUGAGGCUCAAGAAUAUAUUAGUCGUGAUAAAACACUUGACAUUUCAGAACAAGGCCUAUUUGAAGAUUUUCUCAACAGCUUAACACCCAAUGGUUUUCCCCCCCACAACCUUAUCCUAAAACCAAAUUGCCCAAUAAUUCUUCUCAGAAACAUUGAUCCCCCAGAAGGUUUAUGCAAUGGAACAAGGCUAAUAUGUAAAUCUUUGACUAACAAUAUUAUUGAUGCAGUUAUAAGUGCUGGAGAAUUCAAAGGCAAACAAGUCUUUUUGCAUAGAAUAUGUUUCCGAAUAGAAAAUAAUCCUGAUUGCCCGAUGUCAUUUGAAAGAAUUCAAUUUCCAGUGCGUCUAUGCUUUGCAAUGACAAUCAAUAAAGCUCAAGGUCAAACUUUAGAUUUUGUUGGUAUAUACUUACGUGAACCAGUUUUUUCACAUGGCCAACUAUAUGUUGCUUUAUCAAGAGCAAAAAGCAGCAAUUGUUGUUUAUCAUUUUGCAGUGAGACUGUAUAUAAAGAUGAAGAGUUUGAUGAGGCUCAGAGACAACUAGCUGCAAUACUAGCCUCAAAGAUUCAAAGAUGCUUUUCCUGUAUCUCUAAUUCUCUAAAAGCAAUAACUAUGAUCCCAGGUUGA